AGAGAACGAAGCGAACGGUUGGGCUAACGCUAGCUAUCUAUGUAGCCUCAAUGUGUAGCCUAGAGUCUUUGGCUGCCUGCAAGUCUGCAAGUUGGGUCCAACUUAACCCACGUCUUCUCCACAGUCCGCAUGCUCGAGUUAGCUUUGGGCUAACGUUAGUUAACAGUAGUUACCGGUAACCUGCAUCAGCACCUAUGGUCCUGGGUUUGGAACAACAUUUAUAAAGAUGGCAACCAAAGCGAAACGGCCCAAGGUAGAUGAUGGUUCAGAGAUGAAUCCUCUGCAGAACUUUCUUCAGUGGUGCAACAGAGUGGGCUUGGACCUCAGCAGUAAGGUUUGUGUGAGUAAAGAUGGAACAGUGGCGGAGUAUGGGAUGCUGGCUGUGGACAACAUAGAGGAGGGGGAGGUUUUAUUCACCAUCCCCAGAUCAGCUCUUCUCCAUCAGGAAACAACCAAGGUCUCUGCUCUGCUGGAGAGAGAGAAGCCUUGUCUGGAGAGCUCGUCUGGCUGGGUUCCUCUGCUACUGGCUCUGCUCUAUGAGUAUACCUCUCCACAGUCCCACUGGAAACCUUACCUCUCUCUGUGGACCGAUUUCAAGACACUGGACCACCCCAUGUUCUGGUCUAAAGAGGAGAGAGACAGACUGUUGAGAGGAACAGGUAUUCCAGAAGCUGUGGACACAGAUCUGGCCAACAUCCAGAGGGAAUACUCUGAGGUUGUCCUUCCCUUCAUCAGCAAGCAUCGGGACCUGUGGAACCCCGACACACACACACUGGAGCUGUACACACAGCUGGUGGCCUUUGUCAUGGCCUACAGUUUCCAGGAGCCACAGGAAGAGGAUGACAACGAUGAUGAUGAUGAUGAUGAGGAGGAGGAGAAGGCCCCCAACCCACCGAUGAUGGUUCCCAUGGCUGACAUGCUUAACCAUGUGUCCAAACACAAUGCUAAUCUGGAGUUUACACCGGACAGUUUGAAAAUGGUUUGCGUGCGCCCCAUUUCUAAAGGCGAGGAGGUGUUUAACACCUACGGGCAGAUGGCCAACUGGCAGCUGCUGCAUAUGUAUGGCUUCGCGGAGCCGUAUCCCAGCAACAGCAACGACACCGCUGACAUCCCCAUCACCAACAUCUACAAAGUGGCCACACAAGGUACUGGGUCCGAUCUGGGCCGCCAGCUGCUGGAGCAGCAGUGGGAGAUGCUGUGCCAGAUGAUGCAGGAGAAAGGAGCCAUUGUCUUUGGCAAACAGGGCUGCCUUACAGACACCGAGCUACACACUGUGCUUAAGGUGCUGUGCAUGUCAAAGGAGGAGUUUUCCGAGUUCAAAGAUAAUGAAGGAUGGGAGGAAGAUGAGGAAGACGAGAUUUCCCUCGCUUUCUCCAACGAGGGUCUCCCCGGAUUAAAGGCUUCGUGGAAACGGCUGAUUCAUGAAGCAGCCCGUCUGACCAUGAGGUCUUACGGGGACUGGCCGGAGGGUGUGGACAGCCACCAGGUGCUAAUGGAGGACAAAGCAGCACUUGGAGGACUGAGCAGCAGGCAGCAGAAUGCUCUGCAGGUUCGCUGUGGACAGCAGAGCAUCCUGAACAGACUGAUGGAGCUCACCAAGUCAUGACUUCAGCAGGCCACAGGACCAGCUUGUUUUUUUA